UCUCCUCCCUGAAUCGCGCACCGCGCUGCAGAGCCGACCGCUCUGACUUGCGGGCCGAAUGCAGGUGAGGGAAGGCACGGACUCUGCGGCUGCGAACCCAAACUUGGGCACCGCGCGGUGCGCACGGCUCAGCCCACGGCCCCGCGGGCGAACGGCUGCUGCGGUUUCAGGCGGCGGCUUCGUGACUAAUGACCUUGCGCAGAGUUGUUAAGAAAAAACAGAGAGAGAGAGAGCGAGAGACACCCGAGCUCUCGGGGCGGGGGUGAGAAGGGACUGACUCUCCCGGCUUCUCUGAAGAUGGCUCGGGCUGCUCUCUGGCGCGCCGGGGGGACCCGGACGCGGACCGCGCUGUGACGCGACUUGUCUCCACUGCACCGUGCCCAAAGCGACCUGCCGCGGAUUUUUUUUUUUUUUUUUCAUUCCCAAGCUGUUAACCGGCUCCCCCCCCCUCGCCCGCUGCCUGAGCAGAGUCGGGAGUUGAGACCGGCUUGUUGCCGGCCCCCCGCGCCUCGUGCGGGAAGCGACUCACGUUCGCCUGGGCAGCCGGAGCCGGAGCAGUGGCUGGAACGUGCGUUGGACUCAACUCCUGGAGCAGCUUCAGCAAGGAGCCGCGGGGCUGGCCGGCGGGGGAGGCUGCAGGCUCGCUCCCCGCAGCCUCCUGGCUCCACCGAGCCGUUCUGGCCACCUUCCGACAGAGCCGGGGACGAGAGCCCGGGAUCCUCCGACCGCGGCGGGGAUGACUGUGGGGUGGUGCGGGGGGGACCCCGAGCCCGCGGCGCGCAGUGUCCCGUGAACUGUGAGUACUGCGACCGGCGGCCGGCGAGUGGGCGAUUAGCACCCAUUGCAUGAAUUAUGAAACAAUAACUUUCGGAAAAAGCAGGAGGAAAAAAAAGAAGAAAAAAAAAAAAGAAGAGGGUUCUGUGGACGUUCCCCACCCCCUGCCCCGCAACACCCACCCUACCCAUCCCACCGGCCGACUCCGCACGCCGCUCCCGCCCCCUCCCUCGCCUGCCUGUAGCCCCUCGGGGGAGGGCCAGCGGCCGGCCUCGGAGGAGGGGGCGCCGAGGGCGCUGUGGUUAGAAGGAGCAGUAGCAGCAGCAGCAGGAGAAGAUGCUGAGGAUGCGGACGGCGGGAUGGGCGCGCGGCGGGUGCCUGGGCUGCUGCCUCCUCCUGCCGCUCUGGCUCAGCCUGGCGGCCGCCAAGCAGCUCCUACGGUACCGGCUGGCCGAGGAGGGCCCCGCGGACGUCCGCAUCGGCAACGUCGCCUCGGACCUGGGCAUCGUGACCGGCUCCGGGGAGGUGACUUUCAGCCUGGAGUCGGGCUCCGAGUACCUGAAGAUCGACAACAUCACGGGCGAGCUGAGCACGAGCGAGCGGCGCAUAGACCGGGAGAAGCUGCCCCAGUGUCAGAUGAUCUUCGACGAGAACGAGUGCUUCCUGGACUUCGAGGUGUCGGUGAUCGGGCCCUCGCAGAGCUGGGUGGACUUGUUUGAGGGUCGGGUCAUCGUGCUAGACAUCAACGACAACACGCCCACCUUCCCGUCGCCCGUGCUCACGCUCACGGUGGAGGAGAACCGGGCGGUGGGCACUCUGUACCUGCUGCCCACCGCCACCGAUCGCGACUUCGGCCGCAACGGCAUUGAACGCUACGAGCUUCUGCAGGAGCCCGGGGGCGGCGGCGGCGGCGGCGGCGAGGGCCGGCGCGCUGGGGCGGCCGACAGCGCCCCCUACCCCGGGGGCGGCGGGAACGGCGCGAGUGGCGGCGGCCCCGGCGGCUCCAAGCGGCGGCUGGACGCGCCGGAGGCCGGCGGCGGGACGAGCCCCGGGGGCCGCAGCAGCGUGUUCGAGCUGCAGGUGGCGGACACCCCUGACGGCGAGAAGCAGCCGCAGCUGAUCGUCAAGGGGGCGCUGGACCGCGAGCAGCGCGACUCCUACGAGCUGACCCUGAGGGUGCGCGACGGCGGCGACCCGCCGCGGUCCUCUCAGGCCAUCUUGCGUGUGCUCAUCACCGACGUGAACGACAACAGCCCCCGCUUCGAGAAGAGCGUGUACGAGGCCGACCUGGCCGAGAACAGCGCCCCGGGGACGCCCAUCCUGCAGCUGCGCGCCGCCGACCUGGACGUGGGGGUCAACGGGCAGAUCGAGUACGUGUUCGGGGCCGCCACCGAGUCCGUGAGGCGGCUGCUGCGCCUCGACGAGACGUCCGGCUGGCUCAGCGUGCUGCACCGCAUCGACCGCGAGGAGGUGAACCAGCUGCGCUUCACGGUCAUGGCCCGCGACCGCGGGCAGCCCCCCAAGACCGACAAGGCCACCGUCGUCCUCAACAUCAAAGACGAGAACGACAACGUGCCGUCCAUCGAGAUCCGCAAGAUCGGGCGCAUCCCGCUCAAGGACGGGGUGGCCAACGUGGCGGAGGACGUCCUGGUGGACACCCCCAUAGCACUGGUGCAGGUGUCCGACCGGGACCAGGGUGAGAAUGGCGUGGUCACCUGCACCGUGGUGGGCGACGUGCCCUUCCAGCUCAAGCCGGCCAGCGACAGCGAGGGCGACCAGAACAAGAAAAAGUACUUCCUGCACACCUCGGCUCCGCUGGACUACGAGGCCACGCGGGAGUUCAACGUGGUCAUAGUGGCGGUGGACUCCGGCAGCCCCAGCCUCUCCAGCAACAACUCCCUCAUUGUCAAGGUGGGCGACACCAAUGACAACCCUCCGGUCUUUGGCCAGUCAGUGGUCGAGGUCUACUUCCCCGAGAACAACGUCCCCGGCGAGCGGGUGGCCACGGUGCUGGCCACGGACGCCGACAGCGGGAAGAACGCCGAGGUCGCCUACUCGCUGGACUCGUCCGUGCUGGGGGUCUUCGCCAUCGACCCCGACUCUGGGGACAUCCUCGUGAACACCGUGCUGGACCGCGAGCAGACGGACAGGUAUGAGUUUAAAGUGAACGCCAAAGACAAAGGCAUCCCGGUGCUGCAGGGCAGCACCACGGUGAUCGUGCAAGUGGCUGAUAAGAAUGACAAUGACCCCAAGUUUAUGCAGGACGUCUUCACCUUUUAUGUGAAAGAAAACCUGCAGCCCAACAGCCCCGUGGGGAUGGUCACUGUGAUGGAUGCUGACAAGGGGCGGAACGCGGAGAUGAGUCUGUACAUCGAGGAGAACAGUAACAUUUUUUCUAUUGAAAACGACACAGGGACCAUUUACUCCACCAUGUCCUUCGACCGGGAGCACCAGACCACAUACACUUUCAGAGUGAAAGCUGUGGAUGGGGGAGAUCCUCCCAGGUCUGCCACAGCCACGGUGUCUCUCUUCGUGAUGGAUGAAAAUGACAAUGCCCCCACAGUCACCCUGCCCAGAAACAUUUCCUACACUUUGCUGCCACCUUCGAGUCAUGUCAGGACAGUAGUAGCUACCGUGCUGGCGACAGACAGCGAUGAUGGCAUCAACGCAGACCUGAACUACAGCAUUGUGGGAGGGAAUCCCUUCAAGCUGUUUGAGAUUGACUCCGCCAGUGGUGUGGUUUCCUUGGUGGGCAAACUCACUCAGAAGCAUUAUGGCUUGCACAGGUUGGUGGUGCAAGUGAAUGACAGUGGGCAACCUUCCCAGUCCACCACGACUCUGGUGCAUGUGUUUGUCAAUGAAAGUGUCUCUAACGCCACUGUGAUCGACUCCCAGAUAGCCAGAAGUCUGCACACCCCACUCACCCAGGAUAUAGCUGGAGACCCAAGCUAUGAGAUUAGCAAACAGAGGCUCAGCAUUGUCAUUGGGGUGGUUGCUGGCAUUAUGACAGUGAUCCUGAUCAUCUUGAUUGUAGUGAUGGCCAGGUACUGCAGGUCCAAAAGCAAAAACGGUUACGAGGCCGGCAAAAAAGAUCACGAAGACUUUUUUACACCCCAACAGCAUGACAAAUCUAAAAAGCCCAAAAAGGACAAGAAAAACAAAAAAUCCAAGCAGCCUCUCUACAGCAGCAUUGUCACUGUAGAAGCUUCUAAACCAAAUGGACAAAGGUAUGAUAGUGUCAAUGAGAAGCUGUCAGACAGCCCAAGCAUGGGGCGCUACAGAUCUGUUAAUGGUGGGCCUGGCAGUCCUGACCUGGCCAGGCAUUAUAAAUCCAGUUCCCCGUUGCCUACUGUCCAGCUUCACCCCCAGUCACCAACUGCAGGGAAAAAACACCAGGCCGUACAAGAUCUACCACCAGCCAACACAUUUGUGGGAGCAGGAGACAACAUUUCUAUUGGAUCAGAUCACUGCUCUGAGUAUAGCUGUCAAACCAAUAACAAGUACAGCAAACAGCCGUUUCGUAGAGUGACGUUUUCUGUUGUGAGUCAGCCUCAGGACCCACAUCAGGGGUCACUGCAGAGUUGCUAUGACAGCGGGCUGGAGGAGUCAGAAACACCAAGCAGUAAGAGUUCAUCAGGGCCAAGACUGGGUGCCCUUCCACUCCCAGAGGACAACUAUGAAAGGACCACGCCGGAUGGCAGUGUUGGUGAGGCAGAGCAUAUGGAAAAUGAUUCAAGGCCUCUUCCAGAUGUAGCCCUGACUGGGAAGUGCACUCGUGAGUGUGAUGAGUAUGGCCACUCAGACUCCUGCUGGAUGCCUGUUCGCACUUCUCCUGAGAGGAAGAAGAGUCAGCCCAAACUGUCUACUUUCAUGCCUGUUGAUGAACGAGGAAGCCAGGAAAAGCUGGCCAAUGGCGAGGCCGCUAUCAUGGGUGACCGCAACAGGAACCUCCUGAACAAAAAGUUGACCUCAUCCUAUGAGACCUUCAGUGCAGCUAGUUUCAGCAAAAAUGAGGAAGCCAACCCUGAGGAUAUUCCCCUGACAAAAACAGGGGAAUAUAAGCCAUCUCCUGUCAAUACUCUCACUAGAAGAGAAGUUUACCUGUAGGCUAUCAAGGAGCAACAGCAAAGUUCUUUUCAUGUAUGAGAAGGAGAAUAUGGGGCAAAAACCUUACAAAACAAAACCAUGUAAUCACAAAGAGGGGGCUACCAAAGAGACAAAGCUUUGCCUGCCACUUCUGCCUCCAGAUCAGGCCUUUAGUGAUACUGUUAGCCUGAUGAUAAUGUACAAUGUAGAAACCAUCCUUGUUAUUGCAUGUCUAACCCCUUCACUGACUCCCAAUUCCCACUCUCUUCCCCACACCCUUCAAAAAAAAAAAAAAAAAAAAAGAUGGUUGCAAGUUUGUUCAUGGUAACAAGCCUGAUUAGCAGAACACAACACACUCUCAUUAUCCCUAAGCUGAAGCAUGACUGUAGUCACUUUGAUUUUGUUCGAGUGUCAUCCAGCGGGUUUAGAAAGCAGGGCAGGUAAAUAUAUUUUAUACAUGCCAUCAUGAGAAUAUGGUUUAUCUCCAUCAAUGGCAAUCCUUUGAAAAAUGACAGAGUCCCUAUAAAAGUAUGGCCUUGUCAAAGGGGACUUUAUUAAGAAACAUUUUGGAAAGAUCACAGCUUUAAUAUUCUAACAAAGACUGAGAGCUAAACAGUACUCAGAGGGGGAUGGCAGUCCCAAACUGGCGUAUGUUAUUAUUUUCAGGUCAAGAGCAUCAACUUCAAUUACAUACAGUCACCGAAUAUUAAUACACACAAUCUUGAGUACAUAUAUCAAUUACACUAAUUAUGACUUGUAAUAAUUAUAUAUUUUUUUUCAGAACAGGACCAUUAUUAUCAACUAACUUGAACCAUUGUGUCAUUAAGAGGCCAAAGAUCACACGGCAGAUCAGGGAAAUCAUGAAGUUGAUUUGGUCUUGAUGUGGAAAUCUAUUAAAGAAAGGCUACUGAACCAUGCACACACAGAAACUCUGAAAUACUGGUUUGUUUUAUAUUGUCUCUAUAUUCAGAGAACAUGCUUCUUUUAAUAUGCAUUUUGUUUGAGAAGUUGGAAAAUGAAAUACUUAAUAAGACAUAUUUUUGGUAUUGAAAUAGACUUUGGUUGAUGUUCAAGUUUAGUUUCAGAGAAUAUGAUCAGGGAAGGCUCCACUUUAUAAAGUAGUAUUUAUGGGUAGUCAGGUAGGGACAGAAAAAGAUACAUCGGCACACACUCUUAUUAGUUGAGUCCACUAUUACCAUUUUAGAACCCAGACAAUGAUUCCUAAUCUUAUUAUCCACAUUUCAAAUUAUAAUUGCAUUUUUCACUUGAUCAAUGCACACUUCCAUACAACACAAGUGCAUUAAUUUUGAAUCAUGUAUAAUAUAGAACUAUUUUGAUACAACAUUGAAACUAUGCCACAUUUUAAUUGACUUUGUCAUGAUUGUGAUUUGAACAUUAUUUAAUAUGUGUCAUAUACAAAUCCAGACUGAACAUGAAAGAAAUGAGUUCUGGGCAGUGACAUUUCUCACAGUACAUGCAUCUUAGAGACGGAAAACUGGAGUUUUUUCAGUGCAAUAAAUGGAAACAGAAUAUGCAGAUUUUGAGCCACUUGCUCUGUGGAGGAUGAUUUAAAACAAUUGAAAAUUGAGCUGGGACAUUCAGAUGAAAGUGACAAUCCAUGGACAGAAAUGGGGAUAACAGGUCAAGAGAGCAGACGUUCUCAUCCCUGUGUGUUUAUGAACUGGUGAAGGCAUAGCCUUGAUGGCUCUCUAGCAUACUGUAGAAACAAUUUAGCUUUGGGUAGUUUCACGCUUUACAGAACUUCUUAGACUACAAGGUGAACCAGCCUGGACUUUGGGUUGAUAAUUCACUAUAGGUCAUCAAAAUACUUAUCUUUGAAAACCACUUCUCUCUUUGGUGGGGUACUCUUUUUGGGUCAUUUCCUUAUGCUCUUUCUUAAACCGAGUUUUCAUUUUGGUGUUAGUUUAUGUACAAUAGGUAGAAUGAAAACAGAUACGUAAUUGAAACAAGAACAUUGAACUAAAAUAUCAAUAAUUGAACAUGUUUCUGUUUGAUUUUUAUUUACACUAUGGAAAGAUGCAAUUCUAGUACUUUGUUAGGAAACUGCAUUGAAGCAGCUCUGCCUUGUAUAAUCUGUAAGUACCUAUUAAGACAAAAUACUUCUAAAGAUACUUAUGAAAUGUAUACAUAUUUUUCUUGCACGUUACAAACAAAAUAAUUGCAUAACACAGAUAUUCAACACACUUUUUUAAUGCUUUUUUUCCUUUCUUUCAUGAGACACUUGAAAGCACUAGAUAGCUCAUUUCACUCUAUCUUAAAACCCUUCUCUUGUCUAUAAAGCUAAUACGGGUCACACUGGACCUUCGGAUUAAUUGGAUCCACAUUCCACCGUGACAUUUGCACCCCAUUCAAGACAGCCAUGCCAUUGUCAUUUAACUCGUGAACCUCUCUUUAGAACUAAAAUGGGUGUGACAGAAUAAAAUUCAGUGUACUGUAAGUAUUCGCAGUAAUUCUAGUAGAAUUAGCUAUCAUAACAUGUUUAUUAUAUAAUGAGCUGGCAUGACACAGAAAUAUAUUUUGUGUUUGUAUGACUUUUAUUUUGAAUAGGUUAAAUCUGGUGCCACUCCAUAUAUAGAGUGCUUUUGAAAAAAAAUCAAUAAAAACACAAAAAAAUAAAUAAAUGAGUGAAUGCAAAAUAAGCAACUGUGCCUUUUAUACCUGUUGUUAUGGUAAAAAAACGGUUGUUGGGUUUGGACAAUGAGGGGAAAUGGGCUAUUCCCAACUUUUUUGAUCCUGUAUAUUUAUCCAUGUUUAUUUUCUGAAAAUAAUAAAUAAUAUAUUAAAAAUUUGCCUUCAGAUAAACUCAGAUAAUGGACCAGUCUUAAAUAUUGUUCAUUCAUAAAACAAAAUUAAGAUGUUAAUAUGGACUGCUUAGAGCUGACUAAAAGGUGAAAGCUUUUAUUGCAAGAGUAACACUGAGAGAUAUUAUCAGGGGUAAAAUCAGUCCAUUUUGCAAGGUAAAAUAUUGGUUUUGAAUUUUUAUUCUUUAUUUCUUUUUGUUGCUUUUCUUUCAGUUGCUGUGUCAUUAUUUUUACAUUAUAUAAACCAUACUUGUUUUCUGUACACAAAAUCUCAAGUAAACUUUGCAUGCAUUAUACAUUAGGACACAUUUGUAAUUUAAUGAAUAACUAUAUAAAUUUAUGUGUAUUAAAACAUCUACAGCUUCAGUCUAAGAAUCUGCUGUUCAUUCUGGAUUUCCAGAUCUCAUUUCUGCAUGGUUUCUGACUGGCCUGCUGCCUGAGUUUCAGAAAACAAGGGAGGCAUUAUUUUUAUGGGAGCGAGAACUAAGAUGGUACUGAGGAUGUCUGCCUGAAAGGCUACCCUGGGAAGCUGUCUUAUAGGAAAAGAAAAUGAAACACCCAGACACACACACACACACACACACCAAAACUGCCAAGAAUCAAACAGCCAUCCUAUCUGACUUACCAUCAGAUUCAUGAGGAAUCCGAAACCUAAAUCAUUUUAGGCAUACUGUAUGAGAGAUAAAUGAAGCAUCCUUAAGCAAAAAGCAAAAUGAUGAUCACGACUAUAUAGUAAAGGUUGUUUGUUGUGACACAGGCAGAGGUGUUAAGAAUAUCUGGAGGAAGGCAUCAUUUUUUUCCAGCUACCGGGGUUUACUUUCAGACAACUUUUCCUACAUUCUAAAGCACUUGCAUUCAGUGUGGUACGAUCUGUUUGUAAUGUUAAUCAUUGACUAUUGUUCUGCUACUUGGAUGUUGAUAGUGAAGCAGAGAACAAUUUAUCAUCGUUUAUUAUGAGUCACUAUGCACGCAACUAUGCUAAACAUGGCGAAAUGUAUUAAACAUUCGUCCAACUAUUUAUGAAAUACUUUACAUAAUUUAAUUUGCUUUUGUACAGUUUUAUGUAAAUAAAUUGCUUGUCAUUUUUGUCUCUGCAAAUUAAAAUAUA